GUGUCCCGAACAUUUUCGGCGCCGUUCCCCUUCUCGCCGUCCAUCUCCUUCCCCAGCAAAGCAAGACUUCCCUUCUCCCCGACGGAACCAAACCCACCACCAAAACCCCAGCGACCCACCCAAAGAAAUCGCAACUCCCCUCCUGCGCUCUCUCUUAAACCUCCUCCCGCCCGCCAUUGCCCUCCCACUGCACAGCCUCUUCCCCGGGUGGCCCCUCCAAACUUUCUGGAACCUUCCAAGAAAACCCCAGGAACCCGAGGUAGGCGGGCUUGAGCCGAGGAGAUGUCGGCGAGGCUGCGGGUGGAGGAGCUCCGCGCCGAGCUGCAGCGCCGCGGCCUCGACGCCUCCGGCACCAAGCCCAAGCUCGUGCGGAGGCUGGACGCCGCUAUUCGCAGGGAGGAGAAGGCAGCAAUUUCCAAGGCGGCAGAUGGGGACGACGUAGUCGCAGAUGGUGCGGUCGUGGAUGGCAAAGAGAACGGCAAGAACACCAAGAAGAGGAAAAGGCCCGGUGAUGGGGAGGACGAGGGGAACGGUGAUCUGUCACUAGAUGCAGCGAAGCUAGAGGACAUGUCGUACCGGGACCUGCAGGCGUUGGCCAAGGCACGGGGACUCGCGGCAAAUGGAAGCAAGAAGAAUGUCAUCGAGUUGUUGCUCUUGGCUCCUGCUGAUGCCACGGUAGCUGCGGAUGUUGGUGUUCAGGACAAGAAGGAAGCUGGAAAAGGUGGUGAUGGGGAGGUUGAGGAGGAGGUGAAAAAGGAGAGGAUGGUUACAGCCACGAAGAAAGGUGCUGCAGUGCUGAAUCAGCACAUCCCUGACCACAUAAAAAUGACCUAUCAUGUCUUGCAAGUGGGUGAUGAGGUCUAUGAUGCUACCUUGAACCAGACUAAUGUUGGAAGCAACAACAAUAAGUUCUAUAUCAUCCAAGUUUUAGAAUCUGAUUCUGGUGGAAGCUUCAUGGUUUACAAUAGAUGGGGGAGAGUAGGGGCACGAGGUCAAGAUAAGCUACAUGGCCCCUUUCCAACACGUGACCAAGCAAUAUAUGAAUUUGAGGGAAAGUUUGAGGACAAAACUAAUAACCUUUGGUCUGAUCGCAAGAAGUUCAAAUGUUAUGCAAAGAAAUACACUUGGCUUGAAAUGGACUAUGGUGAAACUGACAAGGAAACAAAUACGACUAAGAAGAAAGGUUCCAUUACUGAUCAGAUAAAAGAGACAAAACUUGAAUCUCGAAUUGCACAAUUCAUAUCUCUGAUCUGCAAUAUUAGCAUGAUGAAGCAGCAAAUGGUGGAAAUAGGUUAUAAUGCUGAUAAACUUCCCCUUGGAAAGUUAAGCAAAUCUACAAUACUUAAGGGUUAUGAUGUUCUGAAGAGGAUCUCCAAAGUUAUUUCAAGGGCAGACAGGAGACAGCUUGAGCAAUUGACUGGAGAAUUCUACACUGUGAUUCCUCAUGACUUUGGUUUCAGAAAGAUGCGUGAAUUUAUUAUCGACACUCCUCAGAAACUAAAAGCUAAGUUGGAAAUGGUUGAAGCCCUUGGUGAGAUUGAGAUUGCAACAAAGCUUCUGGAGGAUGAUUCAAGUGACCAGGAUGAUCCACUAUAUGCUCGAUACAAGCAACUUCGUUGUGACUUUGCGCCGCUUGAAUUUGAUUCUGAAGAAUAUUCUAUGAUAAAAACCUAUUUGAUGAAUACUCAUGGCAAAACACACUCGGGUUAUACUGUGGACAUAGUGCAAAUAUUUAAGGUGUCAAGGCUGGGUGAAACAGAACGAUUUCAGAAGUUUGCUAAUGCAGGAAAUAAGAUGCUUCUGUGGCAUGGUUCUCGGUUGAGCAACUGGACCGGGAUCCUUUCUCAGGGUUUGCGAAUUGCUCCUCCUGAAGCACCUGUUACUGGCUACAUGUUUGGCAAGGGUGUUUACUUUGCUGACAUGUUUUCCAAGAGUGCAAACUAUUGCUACGCUUCAGAAACAUCUAGAUCUGGAGUGCUGCUUCUAUGUGAGGUUGCAUUGGGCGAUAUGAAUGAGCUACUGAAUGCAGAUUACGAUGCUAAUAACCUACCCAAGGGAAAACUAAGUACAAAGGGAGUUGGUCAAACAGGACCGGACUUAGCGGAGUCCAAGAUUACUGAGGAUGGUGUGGUUGUUCCCCUUGGGAAACCUAAAGAGGAACCUUCCAAAAAGGGUAGCUUGCUUUACAACGAGUACAUAGUGUACAACGUAGAUCAGAUAAGAAUGCGGUAUGUCCUCCAUGUCUCCUUCAGCUUCAAAAGACGGUAGAUGGGGUCGGUGACCAGCCGAAGGCAGUGCUAAGAUCCUCGCGCAUCUUCACACUAGCACCAGUAUCUGUGCGGGUCAUCUUUUAUUAUCAUAUUUGUAAGCCUUGAAUUUUGAUGUGGUUUUAGGCUUCCAGCAUCAAUGGUUGAUGCCUCGUGUAUAUAUGAACCAACACAAUCCAUCUUCUUUGGUUAUAUUCUUUCUUUUCUUGGCAUAUUCCAUGCGCUUGAGUUUCCAAAGAAUA